AUGACCGGGCGAAGGUUAGCUGUCCAGGAUUUGGCCGUUCCUUGUCCUGGCCCUGGUCUUGGAAGGUGGAGGGGUGGCCGGAGGUUGACAGUAGAAAUGAUGGAGUGGAAAGGGAAGGAGAACGAGAACGAGACACUUCUGCGUGGAGGGACCGACGGACUCCCAAGGCUUAAGGCUUUAAGCUCUCCUGGUCCGAGCGAUAGCGAACCUGGACGGGCUGGGCACAAAAGGAAACGUGGGAACUACACGCACGGGAAGUCCCUGGAUAGCAGAGGAUGGAGGGAAAAAGGGAAGGAAAGGGCCGACGAGAGAGAGCAGUGGAUCGACGCGGUGGAGAUGGGAGUUGAGCUCGGCAUGAGAAAAGCUGAGCAGACAGACAGCAGUAGCAGAGGGAAUGGAUCAAAUAAUAUUGACUAA